UUGUAAACAUGUGUGAACUUCUGAUAAAUCUGUGUAUGUAUUCUUAUGUGUUAUAUCAUAUCUGACAAAAAAAUUUGAAGACAUGCGUGAUCAGAAAGAUAAGGUGUGUUGUCUACGUGUCGUUUGUACAAUCUUCGUGGAAUUUUUAAUUAUCGCGGCUUCCCGUAUAUUUAGUAAGCCUCCGAUCUCGCCGAACAGUACGUUUGAUGCACUCGGAUGAUUGGUGUAGCUUCAUUGUGCAUCUAGGCAUCUGCCGAUACUGCGCUCGAAGACCAUUGAUCUUCAGCUUGCCAAUUUGAAAGUUAUGCCACGAAACAAUAUUCAACGAAUGUUUCGUCUUCAUAAGCAUCGCAGAAUUAAGAAGAUUCGUUUGAUUAAAUAAUAAAUUUUUAAAAACGAAGCGCACUUAAAAUUCAAAUUGUUGAUCGAAGGAAAAAUAAGUUGAUCAAAGGAAGGAUCAAUUAAGGUUUCUACUACAUAGGUACAUAAAAUCUGUUCCAAACGAAUUUUCAAGAUUUGUAUAAUACAAUUCUGUACAAAUGGGCGUUCUGCGUCAACUACUGUUUGGUAAAUAUCUGUUAGUUACCAACACUGUGAGCUGUGGCUUGAUGAUGGCAACGGGAGAUGUGAUUCAGCAGCGCAGCGAACAUUGGAAGAAGCAUUAUUCUCAUAAAUACUUUCCGAGCAGCGUUAUGGCAGCAUCAUCAGAAGAUGAAAAGGUGACGACGAUUUCCAGCACAUAUGGACAUGAUUACAUGAGAACCAGGAAUAUGAUGAUUAUAGGACUGCUUCAAGGUCCGUUUCAUCAUUGGUUCUAUAUGCUUCUAGACAAGAUUUUGCCAGGCAGGAACGCAAAGUCGGUCCUCAAAAAAACCUUUCUGGAUCAAUCAAUCGCAAGUCCUAUGUGCCUAACGAUAUUUUUCGUCGGCCUCGGAAUUCUGGAGAGUCGCAAAAUCGAGGAGAUCAGCAAAGAGUUAAAGCUAAAGUUCGGCGAAACGUGGAAAGUCGACUGUUGCUUUUGGCCUCCUACGCAAUGCAUUAAUUUCUUCUUUGUGCCUCUACAUUAUCGAGUACUCUAUAUAAAUGCUAUGACGAUGGUCUAUGACAUUUUUCUAUCAUAUAUGAAAUAUGAUGCUCACUUCGAAUGACAAUAAAAAUCUCAUGGCUAAUUCUUCGCAAACUAACUAAGCUAGUCUGGGAUAGUCUGAACGAAAGAUGACUGCGCAAAUAAUAAUUAGCAAGCAUGCAUUAUAUAUGUUUAUCUUUAAUAAACUGUAUCGCAAUGUUCAAUAAAAUA